AUGUUGGCACUGCCUAUUAUUGGCAAUACCGAGACUUGCCAACUGUUAGCAACUUUAUGUGAGAGAGGCAAAACAACUCGUAGCCAACCAAAUAAUUGCCAAUAUUUGACACAAUGCCAAACAUUGGCAUUGCCAAUUUUUGGCAGCAAACCAAUUAUGCUCCAAGUCUGCCAAGUGCCGAGUCCCUGCCAGCUGAGAGCUAGCAGCAGCAAGCGAACCAACGCACCCCCGGUCGCUCGCCGGAGCCAAGAAAGGCAACGCAACAUGUGCAACGUCAUCACGAUCCCGUCGGUAGCGUGGCUGCGCCGCGCCGUGCGCCGGUGGCGGGCCCGCCGCUCCACCUCCGCUACGGUUCCGUCGGGGCACGCCGCGGUCUGCGCGGAGGGCGCGCGGUUCAUGGUGCGGCUGGCGCACCUGAGCCACCCGGCUUUCCUGGAGCUGCUCCGGCAGGCGGAGGAGGAGUACGGCUUCCCGUCCGGCGCCUCCGGCCCCGUCGCGCUCCCCUGCGACGAGCACCGCCUCCGCGACGUCCUCCGCCGCGUCUCUUCGUCGUCCCACUCCGAGGAGCCCCGCCGCUCCACCUUCUGCCGCCGCGGCCGCUGCUGCAGGAGAUGGCCUUCCCGUGAGCGCGCGCGCCGCGGCAUCGAAGGAUCUGGCGACAGAGCACACCCAGUUUCUGCCGCGCGCAACGGCAGCAGCUGGUGA